CGGUACAAGCAUGGUCCCAUGUUCUGGGUAAGGUUGAGCAGACUACACUGGUUCCGGACGUCCACGACGUUUAAAAAAGAAGAAAGUGCAUCUGUCGCAGUAUCUAGCCCAGACGUGAACGUUGCCUGAGCCUUUCCCUCCACAUGUGUGCUGGUUGUGUGAAUCAUGAUAACUCCUAUAUUUGAGAUAACUCAAGAAUCGGAUUUCCUCAUCAUCAGUAUUCGUGUUCCUUACACACGAACUUCAGAGUUUGACCUAUACAUCGAUGGCGAGGAUUUCAAAUUUUAUGCCAAGCCAUACUUCCUAAGGCUCACCCUCCCUGGGAGAAUUGUAGAGGAUGGGAGAGAAAAAGCCUCUUUUGAUGUCGGUAAAGGUAUUUUUACCUUGCGGGUUCCUAAAGAAACUCCAGGAGAGCCUUUUGAAGGACUUCAGAUGCUGACCUCUCUUCUUGCACCCAAGGGCUCGAGAUCUGCUAAGCCUCUAGUGGAAGAAACAGAGCUCUCUGGAGAAUGUGUGGCAGAAAGUGAUGAAGAAGAUUUUGACUGGGAGGUAGAUCAGGAAGUACAAGUAGAGAUCACUGAAGAAGAACUUGGCAGGCUUUACAAAUAUGGCUUUGGAAAUCAACGAGCUGGGAUUUUCACCAGACUGCAGGACGAGUUGAGUGAUGUCAUUGAUGUGAAGAGUCCAGACAGCACCUCAGCUGCUGAGCGCAGACAGGGCCGUUUGGCUGCUGAGACUGCCAAGUUUGAACCUGACCAUUACCUGGCAGACUUGUUUGAAGAUGAUGCAGUCCAGAACGUGCUGAAAUACAGACCCUGGUGGGUUGAAGUGGAGAGUAAAAAGAAGAUAAAGGAAGAAAUCACUCAAGGCCAUGAUGGGGGUGAAGGAGCCAUGUUUUUUUCUGAAGAGGAAAAGGAGCAGCUCAGAAAAUUCAGCAAUAAAUCCUACCUGCUCGAUAAAAAAGCCACCCAUCAGGUGUGGAUCAGCCUGGUUGAUAUAAUCCUGGCAUACGUCUAUGAGGUCCGUGUCACAGAAGGGGAAAAAAAUGUGGAGUCUCCAUGGAAUAUCAGAAAACUGAGUGGAACACUGAGCUGGCUGGAGACAUACAACUCUGUCCAGGAGGUCUUGGUAUCAUUUGGAAGAAGAGUGCUGUGUUACCCAUUGUAUAGACACUUUGCUCUCAUUAAGGCAGCUAUAGAAGAUGCGGCAGUGAUAUUUGAGUUAGGAAAAGUCUGUGUCCUGAAAUGUUUGUUAGACAUUCACAAGGUCUUCAGGGAGAAUGACCCCGCUUACAUCCUCAACGAUCUCUACAUCACAGAUUACUGCGUGUGGAUUCAAAAGGCCAAGUCCAAAAAAGUCAGGGCUCUUACUGAGUACUUAAAGAAAGCCACACUCCGCAAAUCAGACCUGGAAUUAGAACUGGAUGAGCUGGAAACUGCGGCGCAGCUGGUGAAAGUAGAAGAGGAGGAGGAAGACUCGAGACAAGCAGCCAGGUACAGGGAGAGCAUUCCAGAAUCAGACAGCGAGGAGGACUCCGAGGAAGACGAUGGCUCUAGCAGCAGCAGCAGCUCCUCCGCAGAGACAGAUGAGUGCAGCUCUGACAAGGAGGACAGCCUUGACAGGCUGCAGAGCUGCGUUCUGGAAAAGGCUAGCCCGCCUCGAGCAGCAAAUAUUCCUGAGGCAAAUCCAGUCACUCAGCAUUUAGACUGUGAGGCAGGACCUCGGGGUGAGGAGGAACCAUUAUUUUUGAAGUUACCAGGCUUCCCUCUGUCUCAGCCAAUGCCCAGAAAACUGAUAGAAGAGCUGGGGGACCAAGUGUGCUCAGUGGUGAGGAUCUCCGAGCAGCCUGAAGGCACCGAUUCCAGGGGCUGUGAUGUUGUUCAGGGAGAACGAGACAAGCCUUCUGUGCAAUCUGCAGAGCACACAGUGCUGAGGCCAGCAACAGCAGAAACCGCAGCUUCUCAGGGGACUUUUUUAGAGGUGUGUCCUCAGAGAAACCCUUUGCUAAUCAUAGCAGACUGUGAUGAUGAUGUAGAAGGUUCGUAGAGCGUGACAUGAGUACAGAGAGAGAGAUAAGGGAUUCAGCGCCAGACUGCAUUAACCCCUUUUUUCACACAGUGAGGCAGAGUUGCAUGUAUGAAAUGUGGUAAAAGACUAGAAAAGGGAAACUCACAGGCUCUUUAUUCUCUCCCAAAGAUGAAUAUCUAAGAAUACGUUUGUUUGAGAACGAGAACAAGUGAGUGUUGAAUCCUCAGAAGAAAUUCUGAGUUUGUAUGGUCUGUUCUCUAAAAAUGUCUUAACAAACAUUCUGUUGUAAUCUUACAUGGUUGAUUUAAACAUGUUUCAGAGGCAAUUUAUGUCCAUUAAAAAUGCUGUUAAUAGUUUUGUUUUGGGUUUGUUCUGAUUAGCAUGCAUUAGCUUUCUUUUCAUAUGAUUAUUCUGUCUCAUUAAAUAUAAUGUGAUUCUUACAAGAAGCAGAUUUAGUGUGUUAAAAUACCAGAAACAAAUGCAUUCAAGUAAAAAAAGAUGAAAAGGGACAGCGGAUCGAGCAAAAGCAUUUUUCAUUUUUAUUGAAUUCCAUGCUAACAGCAUUAUAAAAUUAAGACAUUUAAAAUGUGUAUUUUAUCUUACGAGUAUACUCCUUUUACCUUUAAAGUAAUGGAACAUCUUGGACCCUAGAUUUUCUAACAUCUUCAUGUUAAAUUUAACUUAAGCAGAUUAUGACCAGUGUUUGAACAGCUGUUUUAAAAAGAGGUAUUGCAAUAUGCUAAUCCAGGAAAAAACGUUAGAAGAUUGACAUUCAAGACCCACUUAUUCAGAUAUAUAAAGAAGAAAAAGAGCAGCCUACUGUAACUUAAACCAGAAAAUGAAUUUACCCUGGCAGGAUUUAGUGGGAGAAUGUACACUAUUGUGUUUCCUCUCUUUAUUUUCUUUGUCGGCACUUCUUGAGCACAUAUCACAUGUUUUAUGUAAAUGAAAAUAAAUCCCUUUCCUGUCU